CCCUACCCAGCAGUCUGUGCGCGAGCUCCUCCCAAAGACGUCGGUUUGUGAAUGGGUCGCGGGCGUCGGAAGUCGAAAUUCCCUUGAUUUUUUCUACCGGACGACAACUCAAGCGGGGUUGGAACAUGAUUCAGGGACCUAUGGACCCUCGGUGACCUGAAACAUCAAGAAAUUCCGGCGGUGAGCGGAAGGGAGAGACAAGAGAGCCACGGAAGUUCAUUGGUACCUGACUGUCGGGGAGCCCUGCUAACACAAAGAUGGCGCUGGCCAGCCUGGAUGACAUAGAUCUUCAGAGUUUGAAGGACCCUGCCGGCAUAUUUGAGCUGAUCGAAGUGGUGGGAAAUGGGACCUAUGGACAAGUGUACAAGGGUCGCCACACCAAGACUGGGCAGUUGGCGGCCAUCAAAGUCAUGGACGUUACCGAGGAUGAAGAAGAAGAGAUCAAACUAGAAAUCAACAUGCUGAAGAAGUAUUCCCACCACCGGAACAUCGCUACUUACUACGGAGCCUUCAUCAAGAAAAGUCCACCAGGAAAGGAUGACCAGCUAUGGCUUGUGAUGGAAUAUUGUGGAGCUGGAUCAGUCACAGACUUGGUCAAAGCAACAAAAGGAAACUCCCUGAAGGAAGAGUGGAUAGCCUACAUCUGCAGAGAAAUUCUUAGGGGUCUGGCCCACCUGCACAGCUGUAAGGUGAUCCACAGAGACAUCAAGGGGCAGAACGUCCUGCUUACAGACAACGCAGAGGUCAAACUAGUUGAUUUUGGAGUGAGCGCACAGUUGGACCGGACUAUAGGCAGGAGAAAUACCUUCAUCGGCACGCCGUACUGGAUGGCGCCGGAGGUCAUCGCUUGUGAUGAGAACCCUGAUGCUACUUAUGACUACAGGAGUGACCUGUGGUCUCUCGGUAUCACUGCAUUAGAAAUGGCUGAAUCACAGCCACCCCUAUGUGAUCUUCACCCAAUGAGGGCUUUAUUCCUUAUCCCAAGGAACCCUCCUCCAAGAUUAAAAUCCAAGAAAUGGAGCAAGAAGUUUGUAAGUUUCGUAGAAAAUUGCCUGGUGAAGAAUUAUCACCAGCGGCCCAGUACAGAGCAGUUACUGAAGCACCCCUUCAUACGAGACCAGCCCACAGAGAGACAGGUGAGAAUACAACUGAAGGACCACAUUGACAGAUAUGUGAAGAAGAAGAAGGGGAGUCAUACAGAGGAGGAGGAGUACAAAUACAGUGGGAGUGAAGGGGAGGAAGAUCCCACUCUGGAGAAAGAGGGGGAGCCAAGCUCUGUCGUGCAGGCACCGGGCGAGUCCACCCUCAGGAAGAACUUCCUGAAGCUUCAGCAGGAGAACCGUGAGCGGGAGGCGGCCAGGAUGAGGGCGGAGGAGGAGAGACGGAGACACGAGCGGGAGCGCGAGCACCAGCAGCGUCAACUGGACGAGAGACGGAAACGCCAGAAGCAGAUUGAGCACGAGCGUCAGCGUGAGAUGCAGCGUCAGCAGGAGCGGCUGGAGAGACAUCGCGUGGAGAAGGAACGCCAACGGGAGGGGCGAGGGGACCGGGACAGGGACAGACACAGGGACAGGGACAGACGUAGGGACAGAGAGGGGAGGUCAGGGCGGGACCAUAACCACAGACCUCAGCACAUGGCCAUCAACCAGCUGCAGAGGUCUGGGCAGCAGUCGCACAUGCAGCCUCCCCUACAGCCCCAGCAGAUGAGACCCUCGUCGGGGAAAGAUCACUCGCGUAUCCCGCAGCCCAUGGUGGUUAGCCAGUCGCAGCCGGUUUCGCAGCCGGUGCCGCAGGUGGCGGCCUCCCCGCAGGUGCAGCAGACGGCUGGGCUGGUGGUGGGCAUGCCGCAGGAGGUCAAGGCCAUGCAGCAGAAGCCACAGAAACCCCUCUGGGCCCAGCAGGUUGAGGAGCGGACGAAGAUGAACGCACGCCACCUGCAGCGACAGAGCGCUGCGCCCGUGCAAUCCUCCCAGAAGCCUCAGCAGCCACAACCUCAGGUGGAACCACAGCCGAGAGAACAGUCGAGAAAGCAGCCCCAGCCCCAGGUCCCCCCACCCCCCUUCCAGCCUGCCCCGGUCCCCCCUCUCUCCCAGCCCUGGCAGUUACAGUCGGACGCCCUCUCCCCCCAGCGAGUCUCCGUCAACUUCCCCCCCUCCCAGCCUCAACCCCAGCAACCUCAGCCCAUGGUGGAGCCGCCCCCCCAGGGCCUCCCCCCUGCCCACCCCCAGUCACGGACUCCGCCCAAGGCCACUGCGUCCAAGGAAUCCCAGACUCCGCCCAGAUCCCAGCAGCCUUUGCCAAAAUCGGACUCUUCCAGAAUCCCUGUGCAGAGAGUUCAGCACACGCCGCCACAGGUCAGGCACCCAGGCAGGUCACAGACCCCACCCGAGGUCCGCCACGCCACCAAGGACUUACCGGCGCAGCUCAGACGGUCUCUGUCGGACACCCCUCCCCCCGUCCCGCCCCACGGCGUCUCACGUGCUUCGCCCCAGGCCACGCCCACGCACUCUACCCGCUCGUCUCAGUCCUCGAGUUCGGACGACGUUCCUCCGGAGUUGCCGCCGCGUAACUACGAACCACAGACGCCUCCCCCCGUGCCCAAGCACGCGGUCAAGCCUAGCACGCCUCCCCAGUCCAGAGGCUCGCCGGCUCACAGCUCGGCCUCCAGCAGUGCACAGAGUACUCCUCCCAGCUCCAGGGUCGUCAACGGGGCCGCAGCCUCACCUAAACAUGCCAAGAAAGACACCUCCAGCCAGGCUGAUGCUGGAGAGGGCCCAUCUGGCAUUACCAAGAUCAACAAACCCAAGAAGGAGGUGUGUAACCCUCAGGACCUGGAGGUGUUGGCAGAAGAGCUCAGUGCCAUGGCGACAGCCAUCGAGGCUCCCAGCAUUCCCGCCAGACCGGCGCCGCCGCCCCCGGCCGGAGGGGACGGGGAGGAGAGCGAGGAGGAGGACAGUCUGGACGACAUCUCGGAGAUCACGCGUGACGGAACCAUCCUGGCCUCCGACCCGCCAAGACCAAUGUAUGUAGAUAACGACGCCAGACCUGAGGUGAAAGAAGACGGUUUUGACACCCUGAUCGUGCAUGAGGAUGAGGAGGAGAGUCAGGAGGUGUCUCCCGAGCACAGACCCCGCCCCCCCUCCGCCCAGCCCUCCAUCUCAUCUGUCACCACGGCAACUACAGCCACGCCCACUCCCAGCGCACAGGACAACUCCAGUAAUGACAGUGACACUCUGGUGGUCAGAAAUCAGGGCUCAGGCGAGAGACGGGCCAAUGGUUCGGUGGUGAACGCGCGCAGCUCUGGUGACGUCCUCCCCGACCUGCUGCCUCAGAGCCAACACUCGUCACCAUCCUCGGGCGCGAACAAGUCCGGGCAGGUGCCACAGGACAAGACCACGUCUGAGGAGGUACGCAGAAAACCAAAGUACCGACAGGCGGUGGCCCCUAAAAAUAGCAACAACCUUGCCAAACAGAAAUCGUUCACGGCGUUUGGGUUUGGCGCGGGCGACCGUAGGCCGCAGCCGGGCGGGGAGGGGAGCUCCGCUGAGCGCACCCCUCCCCGCACCCCCGAGAGGAAGGGGUCACAGGUCAAUGUUAAUGUCACUCCCAUCAACCCCCAGCCGGACAUGCCCGAGAUUCGCAAGUACAAGAAGAGGUUCAACUCGGAGAUUCUGUGUGCUGCUUUGUGGGGGGUGAAUCUGCUGAUAGGGACGGAGAACGGACUGGUGCUGCUGGAUAGGAGCGGACAUGGAGAAGUUUAUCCCCUGAUCAGUCGGAGAAGGUUUCAGCAGAUCGAUGUUCUAGAAGGGCAGAACAUCCUAGUGUCUAUAUCAGGGAAGAAGAACAAACUGAGGGUGUACUACCUCUCCUGGCUGAAGAGUAAGAUUCUGAAAGGGGAUACAGAUACUGAGAGAAGACAUGGCUGGGUGUCAGUUGGAGACUUAGAGGGGUGUGUCCACUAUAAAGUGGUCAAGUAUGAAAGAAUCAAGUUCUUGGUGAUUGCACUGAGAAAUAGCAUCGAGGUCUACGCCUGGGCACCAAAGCCGUACCACAAGUUCAUGGCUUUCAAGUCCUUCGGUGACCUUCUCCACAAACCCCUGAUGGUGGACCUGACGAUAGAGGAGGACAGCAGGCUCAAGGUCAUCUACGGGUCAGGAGCGGGAUUCCACGCCAUCGACCUGGACACAUCGGCAGUCUACGACAUCUACAUCCCCACACAUCGGUUGCAGCUGUUGUUCCUACACCAUCGACACUCCUCUGUUUCCCACAUGCAGAUUUCCAGUGGGAUCCUGCCGCACGCCAUCAUCACUCUCCCCAACUCCAAGGGAAUGGACCUUCUGCUGUGCUACGAAGAUGAGGGGGUGUAUGUUAAUACAUAUGGCAAAGUCAUCAAGGAUAUUGUUCUACAGUGGGGAGAGAUGCCCACAUCUGUUGCAUAUAUAGGGACAGGGCAGAUCAUGGGUUGGGGACAGAAGGCUAUAGAGAUCCGGUCAGUAGAGACAGGGCAUCUGGACGGGGUCUUCAUGCACAAGAGGGCACAGAGACUCAAGUUCCUGUGUGAGAGGAAUGACAAGGUGUUCUUUGCAUCCACUCGCUCGGGAUCUAGCAGUCAAGUCUACUUCAUGACACUCAACAAAAUCCAGUGGUAACCACGGAAACAGUCGCCAUGACAACAGCAAUGCAACAGCUGUGUCCAUGGUAACCCCCAUAGCCAUAGAUACGACAACUUACAGUAACCAAGACUUCGUCAAGACAGAUUCCAAGCUGAAGAAAACACCACGGUUCCCAUUGAUUGAUUGGCAGGUCAAUAUGGCACUGUCUCCAUAGUAACAAUGUAGAAGCUGUAUCCAUAGCAACAACAUUUUUUGCUGGGACGACAGCAAGUGUAAAGCUUCCACGAUGUAAAAUCUACCAUACAUACCAACAAAUAGCUGCUAGGACUUGUUUUGCUGUCUGUUCGGGAGGAACCAUUGUAAACAAACGAAGGGGGGGACGUUAAUGUCGAUAGUGUCUUUUAACAGAAAAACACCAGAGGGUUGAAGACUGCGAGAAGACUAAGGAAUGGUGCUGUCCAUAAGAGCUGUACUGUAGAUGGUACAGAAGAUGGUUGUUUUUAUUGAGUGCUGACUUGUCCGGGCUGUAUGUAGCUUUUACGUAUGACUGUGUAGGUCCAAAGUGAUCACCCCCAUGAUUACAGUGUAACUGGCCAGGAAUACCUGCGAUGAAAAUAUGAUUUUUGUGAUUGGAAGACAUGAUAACUUCCGCUGGAAGAUUUUAAGACUUAAAAGAGUCUCCCUGGACAGGGUUUUAGUUGGUGUUUAAUGAUGACAAGACUACUUGGUACAGAUGUAGCAUGUAUAUUGCUGUACGUGUAAGAAUGAACCCUGCUAGAUCUGUAGUAUUACUUGUAUGUAUAGGUGAGAUAUGGAGGGCGGGCCGGUAGCUGAACCAACAGUGUGUGUCAAAAUUGAUCGGCAUCAGAGUCAGGUGCAAUGGAUGACAUUUUUUUAUUACAUGUUUGUUUGUUUGUUUUUACUGAUUGAAGAAGGAAAACGGUUUCAUGUGCAAAUGCCAGCAUCCAUGGGUCAACUCAACAUUUCUGUGAUUGUAAACUUCGACAGUACACCGUGUAUAAGUAAUUAAUUAUGUGUGUGAGCAAUCUGUAAAAUUGCAACAUUUUUACCAUUUCAUGCCAGGGGUUUUCUUAUAUGAAUAGGUACGGUAAAUGUUUUAACUUCCUCCUUGCUGUGGUAGCCUUUUGGCACCAAAUUUGUAUUGGUUACAGGGUUAGGCAGCAGGGAGGAGGUUAAAGAUCUCUAAAAUACAAGCCAUAGAAAGAACAUCUGACCAUGUGAGAGACAUUUUAUCGGUUUGUUUUGCUGCAGAGUAUGACAGUCAUCUGCAUGUAUAGUAUAGUACAGUAUAUCCUCAUUAUAAAGGAACCACUGGGACAUACUGAUAUGACAACUGUUCUUUUUGGUACAGGAAAAAGAACUUAAGGAAGAAAAAAGGUCUAUAAACUAGAUAAGAACGACAUCUCAAGGGCAAAUAUUCUUUUUGUUGUAACGUCCUACACUAGGUAGAUUGUAUUGUUUGCGAGUCAUUGGUGAAGAGACUGGUUAACCAAAAAUGUCGCAUUGAACUUGUCCAUAGGCAUCAUUUUAUUCCAACUUGAUAGAUAUGAACACAUCAUCCAAUUUACAGGCACUCACUUGUUAAUUGUACUGACUUCCCCCUUUUGAAAUGGUUGUUGCCCGUGGAUGUGAUAGUUUUGACCAGGAGCAUGGCAAGUGGAGGGGCAUGCCAUUUUACAGUGGGGGGGUGUCAAGUAGGGUAGUAGACAGUCAUGUUUUUAUUGACUUCAUGAAACAUUGCUUCAUAAGCAAUAUGUACAGGGUAAGACUACAUUGGACUAUUGGAGCUGGGGUUAGGAUGGAAAUGCGGGCUGUAUGUACUACAUGGAAACAGGAGUUCGCAGGAGGAAGUGUAGUUAUUUAUUGGGGGUGAACUCUGUGCCACAUGAAUAUACCAGUGUCAAAGGGGGUGGAAGUAUGUGGGGAAGGGGUUUGGGGAAGGCAUUCACCCCUAGAAAUGUACUGUUUUUGUGGUUUCACUUUGUGCUUGGAGGGAGCGAUGAUAGUAUUCAAACUUGGGUCUCAUUGGUGCUAUUGUCCCUACUAUUGUCCAUACUUUUUUAUUAGAAGUUCUUCACUGAUGAUCGACUUAAGAACAGUCAGACUAUCCUGUCUCCAUUUGAGUAUAUCCACUGUGUAUACAGUAGUCUUCACACUAGCUAAAGCCUAGCCAUGACUCAAAGCAAUUCUAGAAUCAUUUCCUACAUAUACACAGCACUGCGAUGGCAUAUACCGAAAAUAUCUAGCUUAUGUGAUAUUCUUCAAAUGAGUAACACUAGGACAAGUAGGGGUUUCGAUGUCUGGUAGUUUGGCAAAUGAUUGUAGAUGUACCCUCUACAGCAAUACAUAGACAUGCCCAACACUACCCAUGGAUGUUAUGAUGUGUUGCCUUCGUCCAGAAACAAUUGUGUAUAAUAACAGUAGGAUGUGGAAAAACUUGCAAAAUCCAUUUUUAUGUAAUUAUAUGCAUACUGAAAAUCCCUUUGUAUUUUUAAAACCUUUUUUGUUCCCAUUUUUUGUUGUUUUGUUUUUUAGGUAGCUAUUUGCUGUUUUCAGGAGCCCUUGCUGUAUUUGCAGUGGCAAAAUUGUAGACUUAUUUGUAUUUUAUCUAGAGUUGAAUUUUACAAACGGGGAAAAAGAAGGGUCGGGUGGAUGGUGGAGGGUGAAGUGACAGUCAGUUUUUAUAAUUUUUAUUUCCAAAUGCACCAAGUCAAUAUUACAUGUUGUAUAUGAAUGUACAAAUGUUGUCAUCAGCUAAAUGGCAGAUGAAAAUGCCAAGUGAUAGUGACUUUAAUAUCUUUCCAUUGCACCAUGUAAGGUUUAAAACCUCCUUCGUACCACUAAUUUAUGUCCAGAACAUGUUACCUUCGGUGUGAGGUCUAGUCCUAGAAAUUCACAGUUGUGUAGAAGGUAUCAUAAUUUGUAUUCACACCACAAGAAUAAUAAUAUUGAUAAUACUACAGCUACCAUGGAAUAUUUAUGUUUUCCUGUUCUGUAACUCGCUAAUGUCUCGCCAGGAGGCGCUGCUGGUGCAUGCUCAAGUGGAUGAAGAACGCACUCCACUACACAACAACCAAUAAAUGCUUUUACGGAA